AUGGGCUCCAAGGCCAAGAAGCGCGUGGUGCUGCCCACCCGCCCGGCGCCCCCCACUGUGGAGCAGGUCCUGGAGGACGUGCGGGGAGCGUUGGCAGCGGACCCUGUCUUCACCGCCUUGGUCCCGGAAGACCCCGCAGACCCCGCCAGGACUGUGCGGCACGAGCGUCUCUAUGAGCAGAGCCAGGCCUACGUGGCCAUCAACCAGCGCCUGCAGGAAGCAGUGCAAGGACUGAGGGGCCAGUGUGAGGAGCUGCGGCAGGCAGGGGCUGAGCUGGAGCGAAGCGUGGGGCAGGUGGCCCAGACAGUGCUGCCCACGGCCACCCCCUCGGGCUGA